CCUGCGCGGUGCGCCGGGCCCUGGGCGGGGCGUUCUCCGCAGACGGCCUGUGCGCACUGCGCCUGCGCGGGUUGAGGGCGGUGGCUCAGGCUCCUGGAAGGGACUGUCCGCCCCUCUGCGCCAACGGUGUGGUCCCAGAACCCAGCGGAGAAGCGUGGCUGAGAAAUGGAGGAGAAAAUGAAGUAAUUAAAGCAGCAGGUAUGAGGCAGAGCCUAAGAGAACUAUGGCAACCUCAGGUGACUGUCCCAGAAGCGAAUUCCAGGAAGAAGUCCCUGUUGAAUUCGGCCAGGAGGAGCUUCUGCAGGGGCCAGUGCAGCCGGAGGAGUUCGUGGCCAUCGCGGACUAUGCCGCCACUGACGAGACCCAGCUCAGUUUUUUGAGAGGAGAAAAAAUUCUUAUCCUGCGACAAACCACUGCAGAUUGGUGGUGGGGUGAGCGUGCGGGCUGCUGCGGGUACAUUCCCGCAAACCAUGUCGGGAGACCGCUGGAGGAGUACGACCCUGAGGACACCUGGCAGGACGAAGAGUACUUUGGCAGCUACGGGACUCUGAAACUCCACUUGGAAAUGCUGGCAGACCAGCCACGAACCACUAAAUACCACAGCGUCAUCCUGCAGAACAGAGAGUCGCUGAAAGACAAAGUCAUACUGGAUGUCGGCUGCGGAACUGGGAUCAUCAGCCUUUUCUGUGCGCACCACGCGCGGCCCAGAGCGGUGUACGCGGUGGAGGCCAGCGAGAUGGCCCAGCACACGGGGCAGCUGGUCUUGCAGAAUGGCUUUGCCGACACCAUCACCGUGUUCCAGCAGAAGGUGGAGGACGUGGUGCUGCCUGAGAAGGUGGACGUGCUGGUGUCCGAGUGGAUGGGGACCUGCCUGCUGUUCGAGUUCAUGAUCGAGUCCAUCCUGUACGCUCGGGACGCCUGGCUGAAGGAGGACGGGGUCAUCUGGCCGACCACGGCUGCGCUGCACCUCGUGCCCUGCAGCGCCGACAAGGACUACCACAGCAAGGUGCUCUUCUGGGACAACGCCUACGAGUUCAACCUCAGCGCUCUGAAAUCUUUGGCAAUUAAGGAGUUUUUUUCGAAGCCCAAGUAUAACCACAUUUUGAAACCAGAAGACUGUCUCUCUGAACCCUGCACCAUAUUGCAGCUGGACAUGAGAACUGUGCAAAUCUCCGACCUGGAGACCAUGCGGGGCGACCUGCGCUUUGACAUCCGGAGGGCCGGCACCCUGCACGGCUUCACAGCCUGGUUCAGCGUGCACUUCCAGAGCCUGCAGGAGGGCCAGCCACAGCAGGUGCUCAGCACCGGGCCCUUCCACCCCCCCACACACUGGAAGCAGACGCUGUUUAUGAUGGACGACCCUGUCCCUGUCCACGUGGGAGAUGUGGUCACGGGCUCGGUUGUGUUGCAGAGAAACCCCGUGUGGAGAAGGCACAUGUCAGUGGCUCUGAGCUGGGCAGUCACUUCCAGGCAAGACCCCACAUCUCAGAAAGUUGGAGAAAAAGUCUUCCCCAUCUGGAGAUGACAGUGGUGUUCUGUUUGGAAAGCAGCGUGCGUAUCUUGAGGGAUGAAUAUGAGUGAAUCAAGACGCACCUGGCUGCUCACACGUGCUCCGUGAAAGUCUGCGGACAUUCGCUCCGCAUGGACCCUCCCCGGCCUGGCAGGUGACGUCAGGGCCCUUCACAGACACACUCGCUGCCCAGCUGCCCUCGCUGCCAGUGUCCGCCCUCUAGAAGUAGGCUGUGUGUUCCAGGUGCCGCCCCGUGGUAGGUCAGUGUUCCCACGCUAGGUCUAGUUCUACACUCCUAGGACGCACGCAUGUCAGCCUGUGUACCCUGUGACAGUGAUGUUCACGCGUCGUGUUCGUGGUGUCCUUACCGCUGUCGGCUCAUCCAGUUAACAUGCAGGAUGUAGGAUUGCAGAGCCGUGCAGGUGUGUGCAGGGGAUGCCGGGCUGCUCUGGCCCAGCUGAGAGCUGGAGGUGGCAGUGCAUGUGGCGGGCUCUGCAUGGGAUAGUACCGUUGCAUAGUCGUCUUCCAGAUAAAUUAUGUGUGGCACAUAGUACA